GCUGUGCAAAUCAUGUGCUGACAGCUCGCUAUUGCAACACUGUCCUGAUUUUCAUUUACUUAUUCCUGUGUUCCUUCUCCUGCUCGAGGCGAACUCCUGUGACUCAUUUCUGCACCUCGACCUCCUACUAGCGUGGCCCAACAGAUCGAUGGCGAGGUCGUUCUUCUUCCGCCUGGGUCCAGGUAUUUGUCAUAGGAUGGAUCACGAACGUCGAAUACGACGUUACUUCAACAUCGUGCGCUGCGAAAAAAGACGGCGUUGGUUCAGGAUCAUCUACAAAACUCGAAAUCAGAAAUCGUCGCAGGGCAUAGACAGACCCAGACGGACGCCGUCGUAGCUUAAGUAGCAUGUUGAAAUACAAGACGCAAGCUGCGAGACGGUGUUGGCUCGUCGCUUUCGUCGCAUUUUUUAGUGAUGUAGUUUUUCUUCUCACGGAUCUCGGUCGAUCACGUCAAUUAAAUGAAGGUCUCACGAUUUUGGUGGUCCACCAGCUUCCAUAUUUGCCUUUCGUUGGUGCGCGAAAAUUCGCCCGACGGAUAAAACUCGGUCCAGGUAGACCGGAUAUGUUGGCACGGACGAAAAAAGCGUAUGGCAGGAGAAAAGCUGUAACUGAGGUUUUCGAGUCACGACCUUGUUCGAUUUGGAGGUUGUCAUUUGUCUGUGGCCCGUCCACCUGAAGGCCAAGGGUAAAGUUUUUACAUGACCACAUCAAGCAACGCACAACUAUCUCGGGUGACUUUUUGUUGCGUUGCUGAAGAGUCCUUUGCUGUAACUGCUAGUGCGAGUUCGAGUUUGAAUUUUUCCUUUUGCAGACUGAAAAACCGAAUACACUGCCUUUUUUCGCCUAUACCCCCGUCGGAGACGAUUGUCUCUUCCUCGACUCAGCCUCGCGAAAGCUUGCGGCGCUGGAAACCCGAAGACAACGGCGCGCGAAUUCGGCCACUCCACUGCUCCGACCGCCGCCGCCAACCACCGUGUUGCCGAUCGUGGGGUCGCCGCAGCAUAGGAAAUGCAAAUGGGUCUGGAAGUGGAAUGUUGCUUCUGCAAGAGAAACAGUUUGUAAUGCUCCCCCCCCAUGCUCCUAACGUGACCCUCCUGAGCGCUUCAAUGCAUGAUGCGAAACAGCGUUUCUAAUCUUCGUAUGUAGUGGCAUGCAAGAACAACGCCGCGGCUCCAUCUCAUGCAGAUGGACGGCUCAAAAAUAUUGUUGUCUCCGUUUGUUGCCUACCACGGUGCGUUCGUCAUGGACAAUUUUUGUAGCAUGACAACAUAUUUCCGUACUCCGAAUUGAGUUUUUGCAAGGCAUACAGGAGUUUGGGCAGCAGCUGGCGCACGAACUUGGAUUCGGCUCUCCCGUGCGGAUUGAACGACCGCCGCCUGUAUGCGAAGGAAAAGAAGGAACGGUCCCGGGCCUCACUGCGCUGCUGCUCACACGAGAAGAAACUCAAUUUUUCUUGCGAACAAUUUGCAUCAUUGUCAGCCCUAGCCGGAAUGAAUUCACCGCAUGGGGUGCGGCAUGGCGCCCCUCCCCCUCUAUCUCAGACCUAGAUGAGGCAAAAAAUUAUCAUGAAAACAUUCCACAGACAAUUCAUAUUCAAGUUGAGGUGUUGCGUGCCGAAGUUCCUUCUAUUUUCCACCUCGACAACGUCCAGAGCCGCGACUGUUUCCACAAUAUUUGGAAACAAUUUGCGACAUGAUUGGCACGGUUUUGUGCAUUAUCGAGGGCAAACGAAGGGUUUGACGUGAUGAGUCAGAAAUAGAUCGAUGCAGAUGACAGAAUGAAGAUGAGCCGCUUUAUGUUUUGCUUUUUCAUUCUUGCUCGGUAGGGUAGGGAGAACAACACUACGUGGCCAGGCCGCGAUCACCACCAGAACAAUUCAAGUAUGUCAGGCGACAACUCACCGCAAGACGAGCGGCGUGUCAGCACGCAUAAAUCUUCGAAACUCCAGAUCAAAACUUCAAACCCUUCAAUUAUUGUUUCUCAUAUCCCUGUUGCCCCGAUGUCUGGGCUGCUUUUGCGGUGACAUCUGCGCUUGCUUCACCAGCCUCCAAUUCCGACGCCGGUUAUCAAACAUGAAAACGAAAAUCGUUCGGAAUUUUGUUGAAACCUGGCAUGUAAUCCUUACCAUGGUGGGGACAACAAGCUGAAAGAACUGAACAUCAUGAUACCGUCAGAGAUAGAAUUGAACAUCAACAUGAAAAACUCCUUUAUUAAAUUAUCCAUCUUCAAUUUCGUCCAUUGACAUUGUGAUUGCAUAAUUUUACGGCUUUAUUUUGGAAACUCCAGCGUGUGGCUGUGGUUACACACUGGAGUUUCCAAAAUAAAGAAGAAUCCGAGCGCCAACGUGGCUUGCAUAAUUUUACGGCUUUACCUUCUGGUGGGGAGACGAUGUGCAUUUUCACCGGGACUA